ACGAACGUCAACAUUGUUGACAUCGAGGGGACGUUCUUAUAAUAGCUCAAUGCGAGGGACAUUACUUUUUAAAAACUGGUGGUGGAUUACUGUUCAUUAUUGUUAGUUUUAUCUUCAGUAAAGGACUAGGUCACGAUGCUCUCUAUUUCCAGAUUUCUUCACAAAAAUCAAGCUGUUUUGGUUUCUAGACAGUUGCAGAGGACUCUGUCUUCUCAGACAGACGGAGAGACCCGAAUCGCACACAUUCUCAAAGAGAAGUUUCCAUCGGCCACGUCUCUAAAAGUUGUGGACAUAUCAGGUGGCUGUGGUGCCAUGUAUGAAGUCCACAUAGAAUCCAAUGAAUUUAAAGGGAAAAGAACAGUUCAACAACACCAACUAGUCAACCAGGCACUCAAGGAGGAGAUCCAAGGAAUGCAUGGACUACGAAUAUUCACAGAUAUUCCUCGAGAGUAGGACCAAGCCCUUUCACAAAUUGUAGGCCUAUGAACGUACACCCCUCAAAUGGAAUGUCAUAUGCUGAUUCAAUUUUCAUCUGAGGAUGAACACCCCAAAAUCUCAGAUGAAUUGCUAAUGUGUCUGUGGCAGUAACAAAGGAAACGGUUUGUCCUGUUACUUCCUGACAAUAUUGUUAGAAAUAAUCUGAAGAAUUCAAGGUAGGGACACGUUUUACAAUGUAAAUUGUGUAAUAAAUGUAACUAAAACCAUCAUAUAUUUUUAUUUAUUUACCAUAAACACAGUUAAAUCAUUGAUGAGAUUAUUCGAAUGCUGCCUUUACAGAAGACAUUGACCUAAAAAGCUAUGAUACGCUCUGGAUAAGAGUGUCUGCUAAAUGACUAAAAUGUAAAUG